CAAACAUGGCGGGUGGACGGGGAAGGUAUACACGACCGUCUCCCGCAAAUUUGGCGUAAGGCGUGAGUACAGGCCGUGGAGCACCAUGUUUCAUAUUACGUAGGCAGUAUAAGACUCCCGCAGAGGCCGUGGCAUGGCGACAGUGCCGUGGUGCCAGUGAAAGUGCCGGAAAUUACCUUUUGUGUGCGGGACAGUGCCAAAGGGUCACUGGAAAAGCCCCUGUGAAGUUUAUAUUUUUGACCAUUCCUCGUUUCCUAGAGGCGCUCUGUGACCUCCGAGGCGGCAGGGAGGACCAGAAAAGCCCCCUGCGUAACCCUGUGGCAGUGAGUAGCGGCUGAACCUCUACAUAACGGUGUAAAAGAGGCAUUUAAAUAGCUGUACCGAGUGUUGUGUAACGGUGGUGGCUCAGGUCUGUGUUCGUGUGUGUGUAUGUUUGAUUUUUCCCCCUGGGUGGUGAUUGAGACCCCAGGGAUGACCUCCUGUCCCUCACCGCGUCCUGGGGCCACAGCCAGACCCAGCGCGCCCCCAGUGGCUGCAGUAACUCUACCUCGAUAAGACUAAGGAAUUUACCUGCCUUCUUUAUCCACCUGUCCUGUCUACCUGUGUGUCUCUUGCCUCACCUGACUCACCUCUCCUGGGGGAAUCUUCUGGAAAUGUCGCAUGAAGUUCUCACUCCAUCUCCUGGCAAGUCAGUGAUGAACGAUGACGGGGACGAGAAGGAUGACGUCAAGAGAAGGUCCCGCAACCUGUCGGAGAAGAAGAGAAGGGACCAGUUUAACCUCCUCAUCAGCGAACUGUCCACCAUGGUGUCCUCAAACAACAGAAAGAUGGACAAGUCGACGGUUCUUAAGGCCACCAUUGCUUUCCUCAAGAACCAGAAGGAGAUCUCGGUGCGGUCACAAACUCAGGACAUCCGCGAGGACUGGAAACCAUCCUUCCUGUCCAACGAGGAAUUCACCCACCUGAUGCUGGAGGCGCUGGACGGCUUCAUCAUGACCGUGUCCUGCUCCGGGAAGGUCCUCUACACAUCAGAGUCCAUCACGCCGCUCAUAGGACACCUCCCUAACGAUAUCUCCGGCAGGCCUCUCUAUGAUCUAAUGCUGGAGGAUGAACGGGACGAGAUGAAGCAGUUCCUCUCCAAUCCAGCUCUUGCGCCCAACCCAAGUAACUGGCCAGAGGAAAGCAAAGAGAAGUACACGCUAACAGUUCAUCUGAAGCGGUCCAGCCGAGGUACCACCGUGGACUCCUUGUAUGAACGGGUGCACCUCACAGGGUACUUUGAGCGGUACUCCUGCCCCAGCGAAGAUGGAGUGCUGGAGUUUAGCUGCAGUGAGGCGGAGGAUUCAGUUCCCCUCAACAGCUGUGGCAGAGGCCUUCCCGGUGGUGGUGGUGGUGGUGGUGGUGGCAGCGGUGGUGGUGGUGGCAGUGGUGGUGGUGGUGGUGGUGGUAGUGGAGGAUUAUUUCAAAGCUCUCUUGCCAAUUCACUACUCUCUCAGGAAUCCACGAAGUUGGUGUUCGUGGCCAUAGCGCGGCUGGACCGACCUCAGCUGGAGCGGGAGAUGACCAUCAUUGAGCCCAGUAAGACAGAGUUCACCUCAAGACACAGCCUGGAGUGGAAAUUUCUCUUCCUUGACCACAGGGCCCCCACCAUCAUAGGAUACAUGCCAUUUGAGGUGCUGGGAACCUCAGGAUAUGACUACUACCACGUGGAGGACUUGGAGAAGGUGGCAGCCUGUCAUGAGCAGUUGAUGAAGACAGGCAAGGGCACCUCCUGCUACUACCGGUUCUUGACGAAGGGGCAGCAGUGGAUCUGGCUGCAGACUCAGUACUACAUCACCUACCACCAGUGGAACUCCAAGCCCGAGUUCAUUGUGUGCACCAAUACUGUCAUCAGAGAUCUUUGGACGCCUUCCUCCACCAAAAUUGUGGCGCGGAAACUCACACUCAUCAUUAGCCUUGAAUGUUGCAACAAGGCACCGCACUGUACGUGCACUCACACCAGUUUCCACACUUGUUUCAUGGCUGUUUAGCCCCAAUUGGUAGCACUGACUCACACUUCUUAUAGUAUCUCACUUCAUGUAUCCCUUUGAAAUAUCAAAUAUUUGUACUUGAUGAUGUUUGUUAACUGCACAAAGCCACACAGAUGGGUUGGGGGGAAGGGUGACACUGCUCUUUAUCUCCAGCAAAGGCAUGAUAAAGAUUUAAAUGUCCUUCAAAAUUUGAGUGACAGCUCGGAUGAGUCGACAGACGGUAUUUUCUUUUACGCCGUGGAAGUUUUGUAGUGGUUGGAGGAGUUACGUACAAUGCCAGGGAAGUCACGUAUGUUGUUCUCCUGCAGUCACGUCAAUUGUCUCUGACUGUACUAUCAUAAAUAGUGCUAUCAU